GUAGUCAUAGUCAAGUUAACGUCUGCUAGUUUUUUCAAAAGAUCUAGAAAUCUAGACUAGAUUCUAGAGCUGGAGUCUAUGUCUUGAGUUAUCCUCAAUCAAUAGUCUCUCAACAGUGUCAGUAGUCAACUCAAGGAACAAGUGUCAAGUAGAUCUAGACUAGAAUCUAGAAUAGAUCUAGAUUCUAGAUCUCUAGAUCUAGAGAGAUCUAGACUCUAGGACUAGGACUAAGAAGUAAAAGAUAGUGAAAAUGAUUCAGAAACCUAAAUAUCAGUUUGGUCUGCUACAAACACCAUCGGAUGCUGAAGCCAGGGGAGAUGAUUCAUCUUCAUCGAUCUAUCCCUCUAAAACACCUAGCACAGGAGAAAGGCUUUCACCAGCUAGUACACCUGUUAUUAGAAGAAACAGUUCACUACCUCAAAGGACACCUGCCAGCACGAGCUCUUCCAGGACACCAAGAGUGCGCAGUGCCAGUAACACUCCAUACACAACAUCCAGUACUGUGUCCAUUGAUCAUUACUCUAGUUCUAUUGCAGCCCUGGUGGAAGGUAGAGGUCAUGCCAGAGGAGAGGUUGGGAUCACAAGUCUUGAUCUGAAAGAGUCUGUUCUUGUUUUAUCACAGUUUUCUGACAGCCAAACAUAUACCAAGACACUAGCUAAAUUACAUCAUAUUAACCCAAUGGAGAUUCUCUUACCUAAUACUUUAUGUGAAAGUGGAGCCAACAGCAAACUCUUCAGUUUGUUGACAAAUCAUUUCCCGAAUGUAACAAAGUCUGCAGUACAGAGAAGAUACUAUAAUGAAGCUAAAGGCCUGUUUUAUAUAAAGAAUCUUUGUGCUUCUGAAUAUCACAGUAUUGAACUUCAAAUUUCUAACAAGUACUAUUGUCUGGCCACAACUGGUGCUCUUCUCAAGUAUGUUGAAUUUAUUCAGAACAUAAUCUUUGCUCCCAAGUCACUUAAGGCUGUCUACAGAGGAUGUGAACAUACAACAAUGAUAGACACAACUACAGUACGAAAUCUAGAACUACUGCAAAACUUAAAAAAUCCCAUGAGUCAACACACAUUGUUUGGCGUUCUAAAUCACACCAAAACACCUGGCGGUGGGAGGCUACUCAGAUCCAACAUAUUGCAACCACCUAAUGAUGAAGAAACCAUUCGUCUUCGUCAAGAUGCAGUAAUGGAGCUGACAGAAAAGGAGGAGGUUUUUUUCAAUUUACAAAGGGUUAUUAGCAAAUUUGUAGAUAUAGGUCAUGUGGUUAGCAUGUGUGUUCAGAUACCUAAAACUGAGAGUGUGAAAACAGCAGAAAGCAAAUUGAACUGUGUUAUCGUAUUAAAGCAUGUGCUGGAACUGGUGGAGCCACUGAAGGAAACUUUGUCCUACUGUGAAAACCAACUGCUUCAAAUCUACUGUAAGGCUCUGACUGAUGCAAGAUAUGAUAUAAUCCUAGACAAACUCAAAUCUGUCAUCAGAGAGGAAACACAUUUGCAGAAAGGAUUGCUGCAACAAAGAACAGAAAAAUGUUUUGCUGUCAGG